UCCAAAAAUGGCGGCGGUUUCUGGUAGUGUGAAGUGAAACUUUCAAAAUAUUGCUGGUAAAACAUAGCUAUUCUUUAAUCCAUUUUGAGGAUUAUCGUCGAACAGAUAUUGAAGAAAUUAUUGUUGGACUACUGCUGUACCCGACGCCAAGCAACACGAUCGAAUGACGUCGUUUCUUUGAGUAUUUGGAGAUCGCGAACGGUGGGCUUUCCUCAAAGUUGACGCGGUCCUGGCAAAUCAAUGGACAAGCUUCAGGACCUCAGCCAAUCCGAGUUGGAGGAUUUGCUGGACAAUACAGAGCGGGUGGAGUCCAUGGCAUUGGAAUCUGAUGAGAUUCAGAACAUUCAGCUGGAGAGGGAGAUGGCACUGGCCUCCAACCGUAACCUGGCAGAGCAGAACCUGGACAUGAAGCCUCGCCUGGAGAGACAGAGAGAACAUCUGGUGGAGAGAUACUCCGAACUGGAGGGAGUCAGAGAGGCCUACAGACAACACUGUGAUCAGAAAGAUGGCAUCAUGGGGCAGGCAUCACCGGAGGGGUUGUUCUCCAAACUUCAGACAGAGGGCGCCAGCACGGAGACGGAGUCAGAGUCCCUGGCAGAUGAGUUUCUGGACGGCCAGCUGUCUCUGGACUCGUUCCUUGACCGUUUCCUCUCCCUCCGCUCCCUCGCUCACAAAAGACGAGUGCGGAUAGAGAAGCUGCAGGAAAUCCUGCGCCAGAAGAAGGAGACCGCCGCGGGCGACGCCUCCACCGGCUCCAUGACGUCACAAACGAGCGGCAAUCAAGACCCAGCGACGACACAGUCAUCGCCAUGGAAUCAUCAUCAUCCUCAGCAACAACAACCGCAGCAGAAUUCCAAUCCCAACAACCACGCUAGUUUCCAAAACGGCCCCGGUUCCGCCCUACCUUACACCCCAUACCCCGUCUCCCCUCCUAACCCGACAGCCACCUCUGCAGUAUCAGGCCCAGGCCCGUCCAUUCCCCCAGGUCAAUUUCCUCCCUACCCCAGCCCCGGCUCACCUUUCACCUCAGCGGCGGGCUACUCAGCCCGUCCUGCUUUUGGGCCUCCGGCCACUGCCUGCCCAUACCCCACCCAGCCUACGUUCCCUGGUGUCCCCGGCUCAGGGUCUGCGUUCGGGCAAUACAGUGCCCCCAACACCGCCCCCUACCCCUCUGCGUACACCUACGGUGGGGUUGGGGGGUAUAGCUACCCCACGGGCCCUGCUCUGCCCAACUCUCAGUCCCCCACAGGCAGGCCGCAGUACAGGCCCGGGUUUGGAGUGCCACAGCCCUACUCCUGAACCUCCCUCUACUCUCACCCCGUCACUCCUCUCCCACCACACAUUCUCCAGUCUCUCUCUCAUUCACUCUUUUUUUCCCUGACUCUUUACCUCUCCCUCUCUCGAUCUGCCUCUCUCUCUCGAUCUGCCUCUCUCUCUCGAUCUGCCUCUCUCUCUCUCUCGAUCUGCCUCUCUCUCGAUCUGCCUCUCUCU